AUGUCUGCAAAACCUGAAGGCACAUUCGAUAUGGCGAAAUUCUUGGACCCUGUGAAGCUCUGCAGCGCGCUCUCUGCACCCGGUACCGGACCUGUCGUUGCGCUGUUCAAGCCACCCGCCGCGAGCUCGGUCUUGCCAUUCGUAUGUCUCGACGCAUCAGCUCCUUUUGCAACCCUGCCUAGCGGCGAGGACAGCAAUGUGGAGCUCUCUAGCACUUACGUGGCCUAUCUGGCACUUACUGGGCGCGCGGUACUCUCAGCUGCGACAGUAGGCCUUACUGCGGGCGCCGCUGUGUACAUUUACUCAAUGCUCUGGUCCAAGAUGCGUGCGGUCCGGUGCAAGCAGAUCGAGGGACCCUCUGCAGAUGACGUCGCCCUCGGGAUGUGGACGCACUUCCCUUCACUGGCUGCUUUUCGGCUGAACAUUCGCGGGCAUAUCUCUCGUACCGCCGUGCCCGCACUUCCGGCCCGCGAUGCGUCCGCGUCUGCACUACUUGACGCCGCGGAGCUUGUCAACAUGUAUGCGGUUGCUGGCGAUGCGAUUGAUGUUGCGGAACUUUUUAAGACGGUCAGACUGUGCUUGGACAACGAGACUGGUGCUUUUGACAAGAGGCUUUUGAGAGCUAUGAUGACACCCUUACCUGGAGACUGCUCUAUGACUGCUUUGGACGCUGAAGCCGCCAACACGUUCUUGCGUAGUGUCCUUGCCUGCUUGUCUGGUCAGGCCUUGGAGGUAGAACAACAGCUCGAGAUGAAAACGACUCCUGUCCCUGAGGUCUCAGCUCCCCUCGAUCUCGAGGAACUUGUCUCUACUGCUGCUUCUGAACCCGAAUCUUCGUCUGAGCCUGUCCCCGAACGGAACGAUCCCAUCACGCCUCAUAGCAAGCCGUCUUCAGCCACAUACUCUCCCUCCCCUCCGAGCACCGCUGGUCCCUCCACACCUUUCAGCCUCUUUUCGCACCCGGCCAUCGUGACAUCGAGUCCUCUCGCAUCAAGCACCCCUACGAAGGUCCUCAAUCCGCGUGCGCCGGCCUUCACCUCCAAGAUCGACGCCUUGCUCGCUGACAUCCCUGACAUCGCGCACCCCUCGUACAUCGCCCCGAAACCGAAAUUGACUCUGGACUUGGUCAAUUCGCACAUCCGCGCGGCAUCCGCCACCACCACCGCCACGCACGCCACCACCUAUUCAAGCUUCAACGUGCACGCCAACGUGAGGCCGACGGCGCUGCGCUUCCAGCCCGCCCUGCGUCACGCCUCGACUGCGAGCCUCCCGCCGAAGCCUGUGGCUGCGACCGUCGCGCUGGCCACCGUGGGGCCGGUGCAAAGCGCUCGUCGCCGGCCGGGGUUCGUGUCGCUGUCGAUGGGUGGCGAGGCGCAGCGCCUCGCACACGCGCCGUUCUUUGCUAGUAUCGGGAAAGGUAAGAAGGCGGCGGCUGUUGUGGCUGCUGGCCCGUCGAUGUUCGUGGGUGCUGCCCCUUGAGUGAACUCUCUGUUCUGCUGGACGAUUGGCUGGAUUCGUGUAUGCACUUUUGCACAAUUUCGAUUAGGUAUGAUCAACAGAGUACGUUAAUACUACCGCUUGCGUUUGACCCACAGGUUUUGUAUCAUCAGCCAGUGGACGUGUUCAAUGGAUGUUAAUUUUGGCGCCUUGCUGGUGGUUCGUAAUGUCUAGGCUGCGCAGUGUACCCUCGGAGUUUUAACCAAUCCGCUUCACUAGCAACGAAAGGCCGGUUCGAGAUGCGGGCCCUAGGCGCGAGCAUCCCCCAUAUUUUGUCUCAAUUACCUCGUACCAUGUUCCAACUAUAUCAUCUGGCUUCGCGAGAGUUUC